AUGCCCACCCGCCCCAUCAAGACCGCCGUGCUCGGCCUCGGACUAGGCGGACUCACCUUCCACAUCCCCUUCCUGCUCGCGCUCCCCGCACAUUUCACCCUGCACGCCGUCCUCGAACGCACGCCCGAUCCCGCGCAGCCCAAAGGAAAGGUCGCAGCGCGCUUUGGUGCGAUCGCAAGAGACGUGAGGGUUUACCGGACGCUGGCGGAGGUGCUGGGGGAUGGGGAGGUGGAGCUGGUUGUGGUGAGUACGCCGAGUGGGAUGCAUUGCGAGCUGGCGAGGAGGGGGUUGGAGGCGGGGAAGCAUGCUGGUUCCCAGCAAUACAUCCUGCUCGAAGCAAAGACCGACUCACAUGCUGGUACAGUCCUUGUCGACAAGCCUGUGACAGCCACAGCAGCCGAAGCCCGCGAGCUAGCCGCGCUCGCCAAAGCAAGAGGGCUCGUCCUGUACCCAUACCAGAACUGCCGCUUCAACGCCGACUUCCUCGCCCUGCGCAAGCUGCUCGCGCUCCCUCCGGACGACCCGCGCUCGCUCGGCACGCUCGUCGAGUUCGAGUCCCGGUAUGAUCGCUACCGGACGACGAUCAGGAACAGCUGGAAGGACGUGCCUGCGCCGGCGAAUGGCCUCACGUAUGACCUUGGCUCGCACCUCAUCGAUCAGGCUCUCGUCUUGUUCGGGCGUCCGGAGAAGAUCACUGCGUUCAUCGAGAAUGUGCGAGGCGUCGGCAGCGAAGAGGUGGACGACUGUUUCACGAUUUUCCUCCGCUACCCGCCCCGCCCUGCCGCUGUGCACACAGACGUGCAACCGACAUCGCUCACGGUGAUCCUCCGCUCGCACAUCCUGUCCGUGCGCUCGCCCCAGCUGCGCUACGUAGUGCGCGGCACCACCGGCACGUACACCAAGUUCGGCAUCGACGUGCAGGAAGCGCAGCUCAAGGCGAUGGCUAGCCCGACAGAGAUCGUCGACUCGCCUUCCUACGGCAGGGAGCCUGAGGAGCUUUGGGGCACGCUGGAGAACCUCGCGGCGGACGGGGCCGUCUCGCGGACGACGUGGUCGACGAGCGAGAGGGGGAGUUACGCCGCGCUGUUCGUGAACCUAGCGGAGACGAUCCGGGAGGGGAAGGCACAGGUGGUCAAGUGGGAGGAAGCGAGCGACGUAAUCGAGAUGAUCGAGCUCGCGUAUCGGAGUGCGAGAGAGGAGCGCACCGUUCCCGUCCCUCCAUUUGCGUGA